AUGGGCGACAGUGCCGCGCAUCAGGUGUUAAUCGCCGGCUCAAUAGCAGCCUUCACCGUCGACCUCCUCGUCUACCCUCUCGACACAAUCAAGACGCGCGUCCAAAGUCGAGACUACCAAGAUGUCUAUGCUUCUCAGAAACCAAGCUCUGCCGCCAUAAAGGGGACGCUAGGUGUCCAGCCUCCCAAGCCAGCGCUGUUCAGAGGGUUAUACCAGGGCAUAGGCAGUGUAAUCUUUGCGACUUUGCCUGCUGCCGGCGUCUUCUUCUACACCUACGAAUCCUCCAAAUCCUUCCUUUCCACCGCCCUCCAUAGCGCCAUCCCAAUAGCCUUCACCCACUCCCUCGCCUCUGCAGGAGCCGAACUAGCCUCCUGCCUCGUCCUCACACCCGCCGAAGUGAUUAAGCAAAACGCGCAAAUGCUUCGACACUCGGCAAAAUCGCCAAAAUCAACCUCCCUCAAAGCCCUUAACAUGCUCCGCCAGACCCAGGGGGGCAUAUGGAGGCGAUUGUUUUCCGGGUACACGGCGCUGGCGGCGAGGAACCUGCCAUUUACGGCGUUGCAGUUCCCGGUGUUUGAGGCACUGAGGACGAGGAUCUGGGAGGGGAGGGAUAGGGAUCGGAAGAGGGCGAGGGCGAAUCGGGCCCAAGGGAAUGACUGCAGAAGUCUGGCCGAAACGGGAUGGGGUCACAGACUCGCGGCCGCCGUCGCAGGGUCGCUGGCAGCGUUUGUGACGACGCCUACGGAUGUGGUCAAGACGAGAAUGAUGCUUGCGGCGGGGGAGAAACAGCCAGAGUCAUCAUCUGGUGAAGCGGUCAAGAAAGGUCGACAGUACAGAAACAAAGGCCUGAGCAGCUUCCAAGUUGCAAAGGAGGUUUUUCGCGAGCGAGGGAUCCGAGGACUGUUUCGGGGCGGCGCGUUGCGCACGUGUUGGGCGGCGUUCGGAAGUGGUCUCUAUCUCGGGUCGUAUGAGGUCGCCAAGGUGUGGUUGAAUCAGGAAUGA